AUGACUAAAUUAAGUGAUGACAUUUUAUCAAACAAACAAGAAAUAAUGUUUGGUGAUGACAGUGAUAGAAUACACAUUGAAUGUGAAAAUCGUGAAUUGUUUUGUGUUGGUAACAACAAAAAAGGAAAUAUGAAACUUCAAAUCACCACAAAAGAGGGGUGUGACAAAUAUUCGAUACGGACAGAGCCACAAUUAGUCACACUUAAGAGUGGAGAAGCGUGCGAAUUUGAAGUCUUUUUAACACCAUUUUGCACUAUGAAUUUGUGUGAUGAAAUAAUGAUAAUCUCACUAGACUUAAUUAACGGGAAGAAGGAAACAACUUCUGUUAAAAUAAAGGCACAAACAGAAAAUUCAACACGACUGGAUUACGACGAGUUGAUAGAAGACAAGAAACUCGGUGAAGGCUCCUUUGGAAUAGUUUACAAAGGAAAGUAUCAAGGAAAUAUAGUUGCAAUAAAAAAAGAUGAAAGAAACAAAUCACGACGAUAA